AUGGGAAGUCUCACCGCAGAUGAACUGGCGGCUCAGGUGGUUCAUGCCCAUUGCCAGCAGAAGUUGGAUGCCGCCAGGGAGCAGUUGGAAACAGUCUGGGAGGAAGUCUUGCAGCAGGUGGUCCAGAUGGAGUUCGUGUCCUCCUUAGCAGAUGCCGUUAAGGCCAGAGCGGAUGAGGGCAGCGGAUGUGGCAAACAUGUGGCGACAGAACAUGGUGAGGCGGCUCCACUGGCAGCCAGAGUGCACCACACCAAGCGCUCGGAGUUUCUUUUCUACCUUUUUCUUCCAGCAGUUGUGAUCACACUCUCGACUUCGCUAAUUCGUAUCAAUCAGAUGCUGAUGGCAAAAGAGCAUUUUCCUUAUCCCUUUGUCUUGGUGAUUCUGCACUGUUAUUUUUGCACUCUCUUCGCUCUGAUUUUGCUGUGGCUCCGCCCCGGCUUGUUUCCUGCCUUGAGAGAUCCGGAUAAGAAGGUAGAGCUCUCUCUCCGCUGCUACAUUACCUCAAUUCUUCCCAUUGCGUUGUGCUUCACCGUUUCGUUGGUCCUGUCCAACCUGGCCUACAAGUACUGCACUGUGGCCUUUCUUCAGAUGAUCAAAGAGGGUAACAUCAUGGUAAUCUUCGCCAUGACUUACGCCUUCGGCAUCGAGACCUUCGAAUGGACGAAGUUGGGCAUCCUCUUAGUGAUGCUGUUUGCAACUUGGAGCUGUGUGGAUGGCGAGCUGAAUUUCAACAUCGCGGGCUUCCUGGUUCAAGUGACUGCCGGCGUGUGCGAGGCCACGAAAACCAUCCUGCAAUCCUUGCUGUUGGCAGGCAAAGGAUUCAAACUGGAUCCUAUGUCCAUGGUUUUAACCUUGAUGCCCAUGUGUGGACUGCUAUUGUCUGGUGUGUUGAUCUUCCACAUCUUGCUGCUGCCCUUGAACUUCGUGAAACUCCCCAGUUGGGACGAGGUCUGGGUGUGGCGGGUCCUCUUAGCCGCCAGCAUUUGCAACGCCUUUGUGCUGAACGUAGCCAUUGCAGUGUUCCUGAAGUAUCUCUCACCAGUGGUGUAUGUCCUGACAGGAAACAUCAAGGACAUAGUGGUGGUCUGCAUGUCAGCCUUUCUGAUCGGCGAACCUAUCAGCUCCUUGCAGAUCUUGGGCUUCAGCACGCAGGUGCUUUGCGUCUUCGCGUGGACGAGCUACAAGCACAACGGCCAGUUGGUCCCCAAGGAACUUCUAUUAGAGGCCUUCGAAGCAGCUCGCAACACUUUGGCACUCGUGGAGGCGACGCUACGCUUGAACGCCACCGGAAACACGGUGACACCCUUGGUGCAGCGCCUCGUAUUUCAGGCAAGUGUUCUUGAAGAAGCUUUCUUGGUGCGUCAGUCUAUCAUGCAGGCAGUGCUGGAGGGAAAGUUCGACGAUAUCGAACUGUGGGCCGAACAAGCUCAAACCUUGGGUGAGGACCUGCAUUUGGAGCUGGCGUAUGCAGAUCGCUUGCGACAGGCCAGCCAGCAAACUUCCAAAUCCUCUUCCUCCAGCUGGUCCACCGGCUCGCCAGACGAUGACGCCGCCGGCGACCACGGGCGUGGAACCACUCGGGAGGAGCACUGCAAGGAUACGUCGAAACACUCCUGGGACUGCAGCACCACGCAUCCACACUCCCCGCAAUCCGCCGAGCCCACACCGCGGCCGGAACCCGCGGAACCAGCGGAGCAGCAACGGCGCGAUCCCGCGCCGUACGCUGCCAGUGGGGUGCAACUGAAACAUGCCAAGUGGAGGGCAGCUGAGCGGCCGGCAGAGGGGCCUUUUCCAGAGUCCAAGAGGUGCUUUCCUGAGUCUGCCUCCUUUCCCCGCUUCACGGAAUAUGAGCAACGACGCGCCAAAGAACGCCGGAGUCCAGAGGCGGAUUGGGACUACCUUCAGGCAAAAGCAGAGCAGCAGCGCUACACCGCAUUUCAGCCCACCAAGGGCCCCCGCCCUGGCCGCCCGGCCAGCGCCCCAGCGCGUGGCCGCGAACGCGAGCCUGCGGGCGCAGGUCGCGCGGCGGUGCAUGCAGCCCAUGCAGCCCAUGCAACAGCCCAACGGACGGCUACGCGGGCGAAGGCACAAAGCCUCUUCGGAAGCUGGUGGAAGUCCUGGAUGGGCGCCGCCAAGGAUCCGCCGAGCGACUUCCCUCGGGACGUGCCCGGCGACCGCGGCGACCGCGGCGACCGUGCGGGGCGACGGCCGCGGGAGGAGCAGGGACGGCUGGUGUCGAAGGUGGAGUGCCGCGAGAGCGACUUGAUGAUUUUGGGUUUCGCGCGCACUGCGAAGCCAACCCCGGAAGAGCUGAAGAAGGCUUACAAGGUCAUGGCCAUGCGUUGGCACCCAGAUCGGCCUCACAAUCGCGACAAGAACAGUGAGGCAACGGCCAACUUUCGCACCGUGAAAGCAGCAUACGACCAUCUGACGCGAAGUCUCCCUCCAGCAGCGAGGUGACAAAAGCGUGAGGUGGUGAUAUCGCUACUGGCCGCCGUAGGAAGCACCGGCACCGGGGUUGAUCAAAUUUUCGCAGCCAUGUUGGAUAUGG